GCAACAAAAUAAGAACCAAUUCGGAAAUCUAAAACAUUCUCAUCUUGGUUAUUGAGGUCAAUUUUGAUCGAGGAGAAACAAAGGAUGGAAGCACAGAAAAGCCAGCAAGAAAAGUCAUCUUCAACUGCCGCAACCUCGGUUGUAUCUUCAUGCAGGAAGAAAAAGAAUGAGCAGGCCACGUUCUUGCAAGAUGUGAAGGAUCAUAUUGAUGAGUUCGUUAAUGCAUCAAUGGAUGAACACAAGACUUGCUUUAAGAAGACCAUUCAGAAGAUGUUUGGAAUGUCAAAGGCUGUUGCAGAAAAGCAUGCUGAGGCUAAUGGAGUUGAAAGUUCUCUGCCACUUCGAACAACGGUGUCAGAGUAGAAGCCUUUUUUUUUCCCCCUCCAUGGCUGAGUAUCCAGUCUUGCACCUAAAUGUAUUUGCAUUUGGUUUAGAAUUACAAAUUCUAACAUAAUUUCUUAAAUUUGUGCGACUGCAAAUUAUUUUCCUCUAGUUUUGGACCAAUUUGUAUUUGUACCUGGUUUAGAUUAUUUCAAUAUAAUUUCUUAAAUUUG